AAUUCCGAGCAGAACUGCACUUCAUCUACAUAAUAUCGACAACAGCAUUGCACGAUGGGAAUUUAUAAUAGUAUAAUAUUAAAAGUCGUAUAAGUAGGAUGUCAGACGCAAUGAACAACGAUGAAUUAAUGUUAUAUUUUUUGAUGGAAGAAGAAGAUGACGACGAUCUUUUACUUUUGCAUUAUAAAAGAAAAAGGAAGCCAACUAGGUCUCUAUUUAAAAAUAGACAAUUUGAAGGAAGUUAUUCAAUACUCAUUAAAAAACAUCUAAUGGCCAACGAAGAUAUAUUCAGAAGCUACUGUCGUUUAAAUAAAAAACAGUUCAAUUUUAUAUUCAGUUUUAUUCAGGAUGAUAUCAAUGCUAAAGUCACAAGAAAUGCUAUUAGUGGCGAAGAAAAAUUAUUUUUAACUCUAAGAUUCUUGGCCACUGGUGAAAGCUACAGAUCAUUGUCAUUUCAAUACCGUAUAUCGAAAUCUUACAUAUCCAGAAUUGUGAAAAGUGUACUUAAGUGUUUAAAAGAUAAAUUAUUACCAGUAUUAAUGACAGUACCUACAGAAAACGAUUUUAAAUGUGUCGAACAAGAUUUUUGGCAGAAAUGGAACAUACCAAAUUGCAUAGGAGGGAUUGACGAUAAACAUGUGCGCAUCAAAGCACCUAAAAAUAGUGGAUCACUAUUUUUCAACUAUAAAGAAUAUUUCUCCAUUGUAUUAUUGGCUAUCGUGGACGCAAACUAUAAGUUUUUAGCAGUUGAUGUUGGUUCUUACGGCAAAGAAUCUGACAAUGGCAUAUUUCAAAAAUUAGUGAUUGGAAAGAAAAUUGCUAAUAAUAGAUUUAAUAUACCACCACCAAAAAAUUUACCGGGUUCUCAGGUAAUAUUACCACAUUUCUUAAUUGGAGACGAAGCAUUUGCACUAAGUAAUUAUAUGAUGAAACCUUAUUCUAGAAGGUUGGCUAGAUUAGAAAGAGAGAAACAAAUUUACAACUAUAGAUUAUGCCGAGGUCGUCGUGUGACCGAAAACGCUUUUGGGUUACUAAGUCAAGUGUUUAGGGUGUUUUAUACACCUAUUGCUGUGGCCCCAGAUAUAGUUGACGAUUUAAUAUUGACAGCUUGUUGUUUACACAACCUUCUUCGUGAUGGUUAUCUCGAGGAAAAUAAUUAUCCAUUUUUUAAUUAUGACAAUGAAGAAAAACCCAGCCAGGAUAAUAUGCUACGCUUUGCUCGACACGGUGGAUUUAAUAAUAACGAAGGAUUCCAAAUUAGAGACAAACUUAAAGACUUUUUCUGUAGUGAAUAUGGUGCAGUUGCAUGGCAAGAAGAUGCUAUUAAUUCUGGACCAUAAACAAAAUAAAUAAAGAAAAAUAAAAAUA